AUGGAGUCCGGAGUUCAGCGUGCAAUGGCGUCCUAUUGCAUGAUGCGCUUUCAAAAGGACCUGACAAGGUUUCCAAAGAAAGAGGAGGAGGAAGCAGAGGAAGCAGAAGUAACAGAGGAGGAAGCACAGGAGGAAGCAGAGGAGGAAGCAGAGGAACCACAUAACGAAUAUGAACCGGAAGAAACCAUAGAAAUCUUUGAAGGAGUCCCAAAUCCAGAUGAGCAGGAGACCCUGCCCCUGAGCUAUGAUGACUCCCAAUGCUUGGGUUGUGAGGUGCCGGCAGUUCCACCACAAGGGCAUGAAGAAACAUGCAGCAUCCCUGAGACAGAAGCUGAACAUGAGGAAAGCGAUGAACAGGAACAAGGGGAUGAACUCGCUGAGAUGGCCAGAGCAACCCAAAAAGCGAAGAGAGAAAAGAACGAAGAUGAGAAGAAGAAGAGAAAGGCAUCCCCCCAAAAGGAGAAAGAUGAGGAGGAUGAAGAGGAUGUCAAGCCUGAGAAGAAGAAGAAGGCAGCCCGAAGAGCAAAGAAAGACAAGGAUGAAGAUGAGGAGAAAGAUGAGGAGGAUGAAGAGGAUGUCAAGCCUGAGAAGAAGAAGAAGGCAGCCCGAAGAGCAAAGAAAGACAAGGAUGAAGAUGAGGAGAAAGAUGAGGAGGAUGAAGAGGAUGUCAAGCCUGAGAAGAUGAAGAAGGCAGCCCGAAGAGUGAAGAAAGACAAGGAUGAAGAUGAGGAGAAAGAUGAGGAGGAUGAAGAGGAUGUCAAGCCUGAGAGGGUGAAGAAGGCAGCCCGAAGAGUGAAGAAAGACAAGGAAGAAGAUGAGGAGAAAGGUGAGGAGGCUGAAGAAGAUGCCACGCCUGAGAAGAUGAAGAAAGCACCCCGAAGAGCGAAGAAAGACAAGGAUGAAGAUGAGGAGAAAGACAACAAGAAAGAUGAGGAGGCUGGAGAGGAUGCCAAGCCUGAGAAAAAAAAGAAAACCCGAAGAGCAAAGAAAGACGAGGAUGAAGAUGAGGAGAAAGAUGGGGAGGAUGAAGAGGAUGUCAAGCCUGAGAAGAAGAAGAAGGCAGCCCGAAGAGCGAAGAAAGACAAGGAUGAAGAUGAGGAGAAAGAUGCGGAGAAUGAAGAGGAUGCCAAGCCUGAGAAGAUGAAGAAGGCAGCCCGAAGAGUGAAGAAAGACAAGGAUGAAGAUGAGGAGAAAGAUGAGGAGGAUGAAGAGGAUGCCAAGCCUGAGAAGAUGAAGAAGGCAGCCCAAGGAGCGAAGAAAGGCGAGGUUGAGAAGCCAAAGAAGUCUGAGAAGAAGAAAGCAGCUGGAAGAGCAAAGAAAGACGAGGAUGAGGUUGAGGAGAACGAUGAGGAGGCUGAAGAGUAUGCCAAGGAUGAGAAAAAAAAGACGGCAGCCGGAGGAACGAAGAAAGGCAAUGUUGAGAAGCUUAAGAAGGCUGAGAAGAAGAGGGCAGCUCCUGAGAAGGAGCAUGAUAAGGAUGAAGAUGAGGAGAAAUAUGAGGAUGCUGAGGAGGAUGCCAGGGCUGAGAACAAGAAGAAGGCCACCCCGAAAGCCAAGAAACGUGAAGAUGCGAAGCAGAAACCAGACCCCAAAGAUAAGAAGCAGAAUGCAGCCCCCCUGGAGAAGAAACAGGAGGAUGAGGAAGAAGAUGAGGAGAAACAUGAGGAGAAAGAUGAGGAGGCUGAAGAGGAUGCCAAGGCUGAGAAAAAGAAGAUGGCCCGAAGAGCGAAGAAAGCCAAGGAUGAAGAUGAGGAGAAAGAUGAGGAGGAUGGAGAGGAUGCCAAGCCUGAGAAGAUGAAGGCAGCCCGAAGAGCGAAGAAAGACAAGGAUGAAGAUGAGGAGAAAGAUGAAGAGGAUGAAGAGGAUUCCAAGCCUGAGAAUGUGAAAAAGGCAGCCCGAAGAGAGAGGAAAGAGGAAGAUGAGAAGCCCAAGAAGGCUGAGAAGAAGGAUGCAGCUCCCCAAAAAGAGACAGAUGAGGAUGAAGAUGAGGAGGCUGAAGAGGAUGCCGUAGCUGAGAAGAUGAAGAAGGCAGCCCAAAGAGCGAGGAAAGGCGAGGAUGAGAAAGCGAAGCAAGACGAGAAGAAGAAGAGGAAGGCAGUCCCCCAGAAGGAGAAAGAUAAGGAUGAAGAUGAGGAUGCAGAAGAGGAUGCAGAAGAGGAUGCCCACACACAGAGGAUGAAGAAGGCAGCCCGAAGAGCGAAGAAAGACAAGGAUGAAGAUGAGGAGGAAGAUGAGGAGGAUGAAGAGGAUGCCAAGCCUGAGAAGAUGAAGAAGGCAUCUCCCCCAGCGAAGAAAGGUGAGGAGAAAGAGGAGGAGGAGCGAUUUCAGCAUCUCACAACCAUUCUCGACACAGAUGAUGAGAAGGAAACCGAAACACGGGGGACGUUUCAAGAAUCCCGUGAGAAGGUUGUGCAGAAGGAAAAGUUUCUAGAUGCUGCUGGAGACAAAAAAGCUGAGAAGCUGAUGGAGGAACUGUACAAGACAAGAGGGUUGACAACAUCGAAUGAUGACCUUGUUGCUGCUCAGCGAAAAAUGAUGUCUCUGAGGAAGAAAGGGCAGAAGGAAGAUGACGAUGAGGCAGAAGAUGAUGACAAAACCCUUGCUGAAGCAGAAGAAGAGUCAGAACAAAGAAUGUCAAAAGGAAAAGGAAGAGGCAAAGGAAGAGGCAAAGGAAGAGGGAGAGGUAGAGCGAGAGGUGGUGAUCGAAAACGUGAAGGAGGAGCAAAGGAUGUAGAAGAGAUGCCUGCUGAGACUGAGAAAGAUGCCAGGAAGAGAAAAAGUGAAAGACAAGACGCAGCAGAGAGGCAAACAAAGAAGGCAAAGGAUGAAGGAGCAACGACAAAGAUGAAGGGAUCCGCCAAGGAGGGUGACACCGCCAAGGAGCCCAAGGAAGAGGAGGAGAAGCCAAAGGCAGAGGUUGGGAAGAAGCGAGCCAAGCAUGAAGAGGGGAAUGGCAAAAGCCAGGAACCAGCAGAAAAGAAACCGAAAAGAACAAGUGAGCACAAGAAGAGCCCUUUCAAGUUGUGCCGAAAGGCAUCCCAGCGUGCAAUUUGCACAGGUUCAAAGAAGGACCCAAAGAAGAAGUUGUUUCAGGGGUCUGAAGAUGCGAAGGAAGAAGACGAUUCAAGCACAAAAGCGGAAGCAUCGGAAGCAGAUAGCCCAGAGCAGAAACAGAAGGACAAGGAACAAAAGGUGCAAGAUACCUUGGAGACCUGGGUUGAAUUAAAUGGGGAAUCUUCGCUACGCCUUAUCGGAAAGCUUGCCAAGAAGGACCUUGCGUUUGUGGUUCCAACCUUUUUCCAGAUCGCUCUGGAUUCCCUGGAAGAAGAUGGCUCUGAAUUCCACCUUGAGCGGUUGCACACGACAUCUUUCUUCGUGUCUCCUGUGUCCAAGCGUCGUGUGCACCGGGUCAACGAGAAGCACAACAUGUCUAUCAACGUGUUGGACAAUGCGGAUCUCUUUGGUGGCAAAGAUCACAGCUCGACUUUGCCUCCUCCUGGCUUUGGCCUCCAUCAGGGGGGCGGUUCCAUGGGCCCGAAAGCUGAAGAAGAGGCUGACAAGAAAAGUCAGAAGGAGGUAAGUGCCAACAGAUGCCUGGACUUCAAGCGUGCCAUCAGCACCAUGACUGAUGGUGCCGGGCCUGAGAAGGCAACUGCUCCAUACCGCUUCCGGCAUGCAGCCCUGACUGAUAUCCGGGAUUUCCUGGUGUCUGAAAUGCGUCGCUUGAACGAGCUGCCCAACGGGCUGCCCGGGUUGCAGUCCUUGAUGCAGCUGGCCAAGAACCGGAGCCAAGUGAUUUGCCAGGUGCCUGUGCCAGGUGAUGCUUCCCAAGAUGAUGCUGAUGAAGUCUCAACUGUGGGAGCCGGUGAUGAGGAGGCACGUGAGUCAGCAGCUGCAGCCCUUGCUAUGAAAACACCUGAGCAGAACAAGAAAGCACAGCCAAGGCUUAGCAUGUCGUCGCAGCCCAAGCUUGACAGAGCAGUGCAAAGCAAGCAAGUCUUAGCGGAAAACCAGGAGAAGGGGAAUGAAAAGCUGAAGAGGAAAGCACCACUUGCCAUAGAGAAUGCACAGCCCAGUGUCAAACAACUGAAAGCAACAGCAGUCAAAGCCAAAGCCACCAAGCCAGAGCCAGCAGGGAGCACAGCAACUGCUGCAAAGAGUGAAAACCAACCAUCACCUUCGCAAGUCAAACCUGAGUGUACUGCUUUGGCUGUGAGCGAGGGAUUGCCUACAGCUGAGGACUCAUGCCUUGCCCGUGCAACCACAACUGAGCUGAACAACGGUGACACCACUGAGGUGAACAAUGGUCGCAAGAACAAUGCCAAGCCAAUGAAGCAAAAGGUGCUAGAGCAAGACCCACCGGAGCCAUCAGACCCGGGAAGCAGUGAUAGUGAAGAUGAGGAACAAGUGAAGAAGAUAAAGAAAUCCAAAGAAGCACAUGCCCGUUACAUGAGCCCAAAGACGCCAGUUGAAAUCCGACGGGCGGGUGCUGCUGCUCACCACAAGUCGCACCACUUGCAGGAGACCAGACAAUACUUAGUUUGGGAUCAAGAUGGAGAAGAAGAAACCGAAGACCUUGAAUCGAAGAAAUCCAAGAAGAACAAGGGACGAUCGGCGAAGAGUAAGAAGAACACGGGAAAAAAAAACAAGUCGCCGAUUGAAACUGAGGAACAGAAGGCAAAGCGCAUGCGAAAAGAGGAAGAAGCAGCGGAGAAGGCAGAAGAGAAGAAGCGUGAAGCUGAUGCAAAAGCUGAAGAGAAAAAGAAGGAAGCUGAAAGAAAGGCUGCUGAAAAGAAGAUCGUUGAUGCGCACAAGAAAGAAUGCAAGAAAGCUGAACAGGUCAUCGACAAGAUCACCCUGGCCAUCCACAAGUCGACAAGCCUGCAGGGAGGAAGGAGUACUUCGGUACAAGCUGCGAUCUCAGAGGAGUUGAAACCCCAAGUGAAGAAGUUGAAAACAGCCCGAUCGGAUCUUCAGCAAGAUAAGGAGGCCUCCAAGGCUGGUGAAGAUCUUUCAGAUCUUACUUCUGGCAUUUCCAAAGCUGACGAUGCGUUGAAGGACUUCAAUGCCUUUUUGAAAUCUUACAAUCUGAAGUGUGAUGGUGAACCAACUGCUUUGAAUGGCUUCUUCGACCCACAAAGUGAUGCGAAGGAUUCGGGAGCAUGUCAAAGUGCCUUUGGCGGGUGGCGUACUGGCAAAAUGGAACAGGAAGGUUGGCAGCCGUGGGCAGUCAACUCCCCUGCAAGUCGUCAUCACGUGCCAAUCGGUUUACAUGGAGACGCAGCACGUCUCUGGACUGUCUAUCAAUUCGAGAAGCAUGUGGCCAUCUUCAUGAACCUGGUGUUGUUUCGACCGACUUCCACUAGAUACUCACGAUUCCUUCUGUUCUCGAUACCACACAAUAAAUUGUUUAAAAAUCGCACACUGAAUCGUGUGUGGGAGCGGCUGGCUUGGUCUCUGGAAGCAUGCUACAAAGGCAAGAAUCCGGAUCUAGGUCCACGAGGCAUUCCUUUGAAAGGAAAAAACCUGGAACGCGCCAACCUACCCAUCACCAAAGGCAACCGGGUAUUCUGCGUCACUGAAUACCGUGGAGAUUGGGAGUGGCACCGGGACACCUUUCGUCCCCGUGCCAGCUGGAAUUCCUUGCAGGUGUGUUUCAGAUGCCCCGCUACAUUGCAUGGAGAUCAUGGAUACAUCUUUCACAACCCAGGAAGCUGCCCCGAAGAUGGUUGCAAAUGGGUGCAGGAGGAGUACUCUCUGGAGGGAUUCAUUUCCAAAGCCUUGAAGGAGAAGAAUUUGUGUGGCUUAGUUUCCCAAUUUACCUUGAACAAAUUUUAUGACCGAUGUGCUAAAUGA